CAAGAAUAUCAUUCCAUUUCCAACUCAUCAUCUUCUGUUAACAGUUCGACGACCUUUCAUCAAAUCAAAGAGAAAAAAAAAAAGAUUCGAAUCUGCCAAUCGGAACAUUCCGACCCACCAGCCAAAUCGAACCGCUAUAAGUCCCCUCCUCUAUCCUCCGUCACCAACCGUUCCUGGGCACCAUAUUCCAGCAUCCAAUAACCUCUCUCUCUCUAAAUAUCUCUGUCCUCACCACUUCUUUCUCAAAUCCUAUUUCGGGGUUUCGUACCCACACUCAAAUCUUUACGUGGGUUGGAGUUGUUUUCCCAAAAUCAAGGUUGCUCACGUUUCUGUUCAAUCAUACACCCAUCUCUCUCUAAAAAUCUCCGUCCUCGCCACCUCUUGCUCAAAUCCAAUUUCUGGGUUUUGUUGCCGUACUCAAAUAAUUGUCUGGGUCGGAUUUAGUUUUCCCAAAAACCAAGGUUGUGUUACACGUCUGUACCCGUAUCCACAUAUAUACAAAUUACUGUAUAGUUUGUGUAUAUUUGGGUAUGGUGACGACGGUGGCGUCGCCGAGGAAGUCGAUAAACACGGUGUUUCAGAGAUUAGCCGGCGGGAGCAGCCAGAAGAAGCGGAAGUACGAUGUGCAGGAUGAUUACGAGGGGGAAGGGACGGUGGAGAUGGUGCAGAUUGGGGCGGAUAGGACCAAGAAUGUGCUGAUCUUGAUGAGCGACACGGGCGGCGGCCACCGCGCCUCGGCGGAGGCGAUUCGGGACGCGUUUAGGUUGGAGUUUGGCGACGAGUAUCAGGUUUUCGUAAAAGAUGUUUGGAAGGAGUACACUGGGUGGCCAUUAAACGACAUGGAGAGAUCGUACAAGUUCAUGAUCAAACACGUACAACUUUGGAAUCUUGCAUUUCACAGUACCUCUCCCCGAUGGAUACACAGUUGCUACCUUGCCGCCAUGGCUGCCUUUUAUGCCAAAGAGGUGGAGGCUGGACUUAUGGAGUACAAGCCAGAUAUUAUCAUUAGCGUUCAUCCUCUAAUGCAACACAUCCCUCUCUGGGUUCUCAAAUGGCAAGGUCUGCAGAAAAAAGUGAUCUUCGUAACCGUCAUUACAGACCUUAACACAUGCCACCGCACAUGGUUUAACCCUGGUGUCAAUCGAUGCUAUUGCCCGUCAGAGGAGGUAGCGAAGAGGGCAUUGCUUGAUGACCUUGAAGAAUCUCAAACGCGUGUUUUUGGAUUGCCCAUCAGGCCCUCUUUUUGCCGUUCUGUUCUUUCCAAGGAUGAUAUAAGAGUAGAACUUGAGAUAGAUCUAGCAUUGCCUGCGGUUUUACUGAUGGGAGGUGGCGAAGGAAUGGGUCCCGUGAAGAAAACUGCAAAGGCUCUGGGAGAAUCUCUAUUCGAUGAAGAACUUGGGAAACCAAUCGGCCAAUUGAUUGUUAUUUGUGGUCGUAAUAAGGAUCUAGUUUCUACACUAGAAUCGCUCGAAUGGAAGAUCCCAGUUAAGAUUAGAGGGUUUGAGACUCAGAUGGAGAAAUGGAUGGGUGCUUGCGACUGCAUUAUCACAAAAGCAGGACCCGGUACAAUUGCGGAGGCAUUAAUCAAAGGGCUUCCUAUAAUUCUCAACGACUACCUUCCUGGCCAAGAAAAAGGAAACGUCCCCUACGUAGUAGACAGCGGGGCUGGUGUUUUCACCCGAAGUCCGAAGGAAACAGCCAAGCUUGUGGCCGAGUGGUUCAGCACCAAAACAGACGAACUAAAGCAAAUGUCAGAGAACGCGCUCAAACUCGCUCAACCAGACGCUGUCUUUGACAUUGUGAAGGACAUCCACGAACUCUCCUGUCAACGGGGGCCCGUAUCUAGCAGUUCCUUUGCGUUCACAUCGUCGUUUUCUAGCCUAAUUUAAUUGUGUUUCGCGUCUUUCAGAUGGACUAACAUUUGGUAUGCAAAAAAAUCUUGUACAGGGUAGACUUAAAAUAUUCAUUCUUUGGCCUUAGAGGCUUGGCGCCAAUUUUAAGUGAUGUAAAAAUUUUGCUGGACAAGCUCUGAUGUUUGUAGAAGGGUUGGGAUUUUUUCUGCUUUCUUGCUGGGUUCUUCAAGUAGAAGAGAAUUGUCUGUUGUAUUCUAGUUAUCUAUUUAUCAGCAUUAAUCCAAGUUCCUUUGUUUUCCCCUUUCA